CUGGAGUCCAAGAGCUGGAAUCACGCUUCCUGGUACCCGGAGAUCUAUUAAUUUUGACGGGGAACAAAGUGCAAAUGCCAUGCGAUGCCAUCCUGAUUGAUGGCAGCUGUGUGGUAGAUGAAGGCAUGCUGACAGGAGAAAGUAUUCCAGUCACUAAAACUCCAUUGCCCAAGAUGGAGAGCUCCAUGCCCUGGAAAACGCAGAGUGAAACCGAUUAUAAAAGGCAUGUUCUUUUCUGUGGGACAGAGGUUAUGCAAGCCAAGGGAGCGUGCUCCGGGACCGUGAGGGCGGUGGUGCUACAGACUGGAUUCAACACUGCAAAAGGGGACCUCGUGAGAUCCAUUCUGUACCCGAAGCCAAUGAAUUUUAAGCUUUACAGGGAUGCCAUCAGGUUCCUCCUGUGCCUUGUAGGGACAGCAACCAUUGGGAUGAUCUAUACUUUGUGCGUCUAUGUGCUCAGCGGGGAGCCUCCAGAGGAGGUGGUGAAGAAAGCCCUUGAUGUCAUCACAAUUGCGGUCCCUCCUGCUCUACCUGCUGCUCUGACCACAGGCAUUAUCUAUGCCCAGAAGAGGCUGAAGAAGAGAGGCAUCUUUUGCAUCAGCCCCCAGAGGAUCAAUGUAUGUGGACAAUUAAACCUUGUCUGCUUUGACAAGACAGGCACCUUAACAAGGGAUGGUUUGGAUCUCUGGGGAGCCGUGCCCUGCGAUAGGAGUGGGUUCCAGGAAGUCCACAGCUUUGUGUCCGGCAGGUCUUUGCCAUGGGGCCCGCUGUGUGCGGCCAUGGCCAGCUGCCACUCUCUGAUUCUUCUUGAUGGGACCAUCCAGGGAGAUCCUCUGGAUCUCAAGAUGUUUGAAGCCACCACCUGGGAGAUGGCGGUUUCUGGGGACGAUUUCCACAUCAAGGGAGUGCCAGCACAUGCCAUGGUGGUUAAGCCCUGCAAAACAGCCAGCCAGGUCCCGGUGGAAGGAAUUGCAAUCCUGCAUCUGUUCCCAUUCUCAUCAGCACUGCAGAGGAUGACAGUCAUUGUCCAAGAGAUGGGGGGUGACCGGCUGGCAUUCAUGAAAGGUGCACCGGAAAGGGUGGCCAGCUUUUGCCAACCUGAGACAGUACCAACUAGUUUUGUUAGUGAACUUCAGAUUUACACGACACAGGGCUUCCGGGUCAUAGCACUGGCCUACAAGAAGCUAGAAAUGGAUCAUCACACCACUGCCUUCACCAGGGACAAAGUAGAAUCAAACCUGAUAUUUCUGGGAUUGCUCAUCUUGGAGAAUCGGUUGAAAGAAGAAACAAAACCAGUUCUGGAAGAGCUCAUCUCUGCGCGGAUAAGGACUGUAAUGAUCACAGGUGACAAUCUUCAGACCGCAAUAACAGUGGCCAGAAAGUCUGGAAUGGUUUCUGAAAGCCAACAAGUCAUUCUGAUUGAAGCGAAUGAAAUCACUGGGUCCUCAUCAGCAUCUAUAUCUUGGAAAUUAGUAGAAGAGAAGUCCAUUGCAUACAGCAAUCAGGAUAAUUACAUUAAUAUCAAGGAAGAAGUCUCUGAUCAUGGCAGAGAGGGAAGUUACCAUUUUGCCUUAAGUGGAAAAUCCUUUCAGGUUAUAAGUCAACAUUUCAGCAGCCUACUCCCAAAGAUACUGAUAAAUGGAACAAUCUUUGCAAGAAUGUCUCCUGGGCAGAAAUCCAGUCUGGUGGAAGAAUUUCAGAAACUGGAUUACUUUGUAGGUAUGUGCGGUGAUGGAGCCAAUGACUGCGGGGCUUUGAAAAUGGCUCACGUGGGCAUCUCUUUAUCAGAACAGGAGGCAUCUGUGGCCUCACCUUUCACUUCUAAAACUCCAAACAUUGAGUGUGUACCUCACCUUAUCAAGGAAGGACGUGCCGCUCUCGUUACCUCAUUUUGCAUGUUCAAGUACAUGGCACUGUACAGCAUGAUCCAGUAUGUUGGUGUUCUGCUGCUCUACUGGGAGACAAACAGCCUUUCAAAUUACCAGUUUCUGUUCCAGGAUCUGGCCAUCACAACUCUUAUUGGUGUAACAAUGAAUUUGAAUGGUGCCUACCCUAAGCUGGUGCCCUUCAGGCCUGCAGGACGGCUGAUCUCCCCACCUCUGCUGCUCUCUGUGAUUCUCAACAUUCUUCUCAGCUUAGCCAUGCACAUUGUGGGCUUCAUUCUGGUUCAGAGGCAGCCUUGGUAUUCCAUGGAGAUGCACAGUGCCUGCACAGUGCAAAAUGAAAGCAUCUCAAAGUUAACCAUUUCUCCCACCGCUCCAGAAAAAAUUGGAAGUAACGGUGCCUUCACAAGCUUCGAAAAUACUACCAUAUGGUUCUUGGGAACAAUCAACUGUAUCAUCGUGGCUCUUAUUUUCUCUAAAGGAAAACCAUUUAGGCAGCCCAUAUAUAAAAAUUAUAUAUUUGUCCUUGUGUUGGUCAUACAGCUGGGUGUGUGUCUAUUCAUUCUAUUUGCUGAUAUUCCAGAAUUAUACAGGCGUUUGGAUCUUCUCUGCACUCCUCUUCUGUGGAGGGUUUACAUCAUCAUUAUGCUCAGCUCCAACUUCAUUGUGUCCCUUGUGGUGGAGGAGGCCAUUAUUGAAAACCGAGCCCUGUGGACAACAUUCAAAAGGUGUUUUGGCUAUCAAUCAAAAAGCCAGUAUCGGAUAUGGCAGAGGGCCUUGGCAGAUGACCCCAGCUGGCCCCCGCUAAACCAAACGUCCUACUCUGACAUGCCAGAGUGUGGCAGGGGGGUGUCUUACAGCAAUCCGGUGUUUGAGAGCAAUGAGGAACAACUCUGAAGCCAAAGUGAUCUCUAAGGUGAUAAAGCAUAGAAACAAUGACAAAAGGGACCAGUUUCAGUAAUUUUCAAACAAUGGGACUCUUACAAAAUCAGCUGGAGUUUUUGGAAUAAAAAAACCCAUCCAAUCACGAUUGCAAAUUCAAGUUUACCUGAUAAAAUACUUUCUACAGAGCAGAACACUGCCCCCAGAAGAGUGCCUUCCUCUUGAUUCUGAAAGUAUUGACGGUGUUGGUGAAUCAAGAGUGAGCCAACGAUGGCAAUCAGCCCAGAGACUGGGAGGCUAAAGGACAAGGAGAAUAUAUAAUCUCUUUUCUUAGGUAACAUUUUUUAAAUGAAUUGAGAGAAAGUAGCACUAUGUGUAGCCAUAGAAAUGAAACAUGUGAAGGAUCACCUUUGAAUUCUUAUUUUAUUGAUGGAAAAACAAGUGCAUGAGAGCCAUUAUACCAGUCCUCACUGUCUGGUUUCCUUUCCUGCAUAGUACUUUCAGAGUUGAGACAUUUUCUUCUGCUUCUGGCCUUCUCCUACAUAUUUGGAAGGAUGGGCUAAGCUCAUGCUUCAGUAACAAACAAGCCCCUUGUCUCAGUGGCUUAACGCACAAGAGCUUCUUUCGUGGUCCAGGUGACUCUGUAGACUAGCUCUCCUCAGUGGUGACUGCUUCAAUCCGUUGGCUCCACCGGCUGAAAACAAGUACUCCACGUUCACUAUGCUGGGAAAGGAAGAGACUGGAGAAGGCACAAAGGCUUUUCACUGCCUCACCCAAAAAGUGGAACGCCUCUCUUCCACUACUCACAUCUCAUUAAUCAAGGGUUUGGCAAAGGAACUGGGAAGUACAGUCUCCUGUGUUUAGGGCUGGUUUCAUGGGCACAUGACCUGUGCAGUCACCUGGGGCCCCAUGCUUAGAAGGGCCCCACAUUUGGUUUAAUGCUUUGCUGCUGCCAUCUCGAAAUUCUUAAUUUUUGAUGCUCUUUGAUACAUGCUACUUUAGUUUCUCUCCCAGGAACCCGAGCUGGACCAACUACAUAAUUUGUGGGGCUGAGUACAAAAUGGAAAUUAUUUUUGAGAAAAAUUAGUCUUGUACCACAACAUUAUAUGUUAUCAAUUGAUGUAAGUGCUUAUGCAAUCUACACAUUUCUUAAGUUUGAAAAGGCUUCGAUUUUCAGGAAACAGAAAUUGCCCUUAUUUUAUCACUAUUACAAUUCUGUUAUUUCGGAUUCAUUUAGCAUAGAAAACAUCCAGAUUUCUGUUAGCUCAGCAGACAACUCUGAGUUUUAGGAAAACAUCCACAGGUAGCAUUUUAAAGCAAAAGCAAAAUUUUCAUUACAAACCUCAAAUCCUAGGUGAAGGUUCUGGGCAGGGGGUGUGUCCCAAGCUGGCUUUUCUCCUUAUCAGUAGCAUCUGCAAGCAUUCCCUUCCCUGGCUGAAUUCUGGAGCAUGGCUGGAUGCUCUGUGGCUGCAGAUAAUUCUGGAAACACAGUGUUUCUCAGCCAUGAAAGUAUCUUGUUGCUUCUGGUUUUAAAAUAGGGUGUGAAGAAUCAUGUAAAUAGGCUGCAGAAUCAUUGUCUUCCUUGGUACAGAAAGAAAUGUUUCCUUUUACAGAGUUAGCCACAGCAGAGAUAUGGUAGCUCUGAAUGUCUUUUUCUAAAACUCGUAGUUUUCUCGUUUUUCAACAGGGCAAGCUGGAGAUGGUCUACAACCUAGUCCUGGGCAAGGGCAUUCCCACCUAGAAGAUCCCCUUACCAGGUGCUGUCACCUCUCCUGUCUCAUUUGCAUUGCACGAUUCACUCAGACUCAGGCAAGGAAAGGCUUAUCAUCCACUUUUACACGUGAGGAAACUGAGAUUCACAGUAAGGAGAGCAGACCCAGGCCUCAGACACAGAUCUUCUGAGCAAACCUUCUGUUGUUUCCAAAUACCUCCUAAUUACAAAGCUCCAGCAGGGCUGGGUGUUUGGGGUGCUCUCACAGUCAAACAAAGAAUAGGUUUCUUAUUCUUCAGGUGGAAGGAAGCAACCUUUUGCUAAUACCAGGGCCUAAUGUUCAAAUGAAUGCCAGGCACCCUGCCAAGCUUGGGCUAGAGGCAGGUUAAAAACAAAACAAAACUAAAACCCAUGAGUGUCUGUCUUUCUGAGACUCUGAGUUGCUCUUACCUUGGUCCUAAGUUCCAUCCUCAGUGAUUCAACAAGACCGGCAGGAAAACAGAGAGGGAAGACUCCAUUUCCUCACCAGCCAAACAGCCCUAAAAUCUUUGUCAAAAGAGUCUUAUUCUGAAGACUGUACUUGAAGUUAACUGUAACUGAGAGGUAGUGAGAAAAUGCUUUACUUGAAAAAAUGGGGUUGGGGGGUAUUGUCAAGGGAUGUGAGAGUUGUUUUCAAAUACUUGAAGGGUUCCUGUGGGAGAGAAGGCUCCCACCUGUGCCUGGUGGCACGCUCAGUGUGUAAAGGGCACAGUGGGAAUGGCUUCAGGCUGACACGAAGACCACUGCCCCAACAGCUCAAACAGCAGUGGAAGCUGGUGACCCAUGAGGUGUGUGCCCCAUGACAUUGGCAAUACAAGGGGAUAUUCAGAGACCAAUUAGAGGUGGAAGUCAACUCUCCAAUGGAAUUCAAUUACCUGCCAGAUCCUUUUCAGACUUGAUAUGCACAUGUCUCAAUCUUAUGCUGUGAUGUGAACCAUUUACUGUCACUGCCCACAUAGAAUAUCAGCCUGCCUUUUGUGGGGAGAUGGGCUGGGGAGGACAGGUUUAUAGCCCUGUGAGGUCCCACAGUCAAAUGGGCUUGACUGCUCUGUACCUUGGAAGGUGGCUUUGGUUGGGGAUAAGAUUCUAGAAAACAGGUACCCACUGAUGGGUCCUGACCACCAAACUGACAGCUGGGACAUACUUCUGAUGUGUGUGUUUUCAUAGAAAGAGCUGCUUGAAAAAAAUCAGUAAAGAAAAUGUGGGAGAGUGUGCCAAACCUGAGGUCAGAGUACCUGCGCCUGAUACGCUUGUCUGACCAGGACUUGGAGGAGAAAAGAACACAGUCAUCUGAUCCACAUCAUUUAAAAGGUCCCCUGUAUGUUCGCUCCAAGGUACGCAGCUCUGACCCACAGAGAGGAACUCUGGCUCUGGGUUCUUCUCACUAAACACGUAAUGAUCUGAGAAUGGAAAUAUGUCUGUGCCAUCUGCAUCCUCUGAGCUCAUAGAAGGGUGCGUGUGCACACUUGCAGAUGCAAUGACUAGAAAAGCAAGUAUUUAUUCAGAGUCCUGUAUUUAGUUUAUGCUGUAAUAAGUCAUUCUGUGCAAAAGAGGCAAGCAUAAUCUGUAACUCUUGUGUUAUAAAAUCAACCUUUUUCCCUUUC